UUUGGUUUCAUCAUCACUUAGUCAUAGAGAGCGAGAUAAAAAUGGGUUCCGAAGGAGGAGACGGCAGGUUCACUGUCACCGUGACCAAGAAGGAUGUGGUGGCGGCAGUGCUACCAUUGCAAGAACAUUGGCUGCCACUUUCCAACCUAGACUUGCUCCUCCCUCCAGUGGACGUGAGUGUUUUCUUUUGUUACAGAGGCAAUGACCAUAUGAUGAAUUUCGGAUCCAACGUCGCUGUUCUCAAGAAAGCCAUGGCUCAAGUUUUGGUGUCCUACUACUCCUUCGCCGGUGAGGUUGUGACAAACUUUCUGGGAGAACCAGAGAUCCUAUGCAACAACCGGGGCGUGGACUUUUUUGAGGCUUUUGCAGAUGUUGACCUUAAAGACCUUAACCUGUAUAACCCCGACCACAGCAUUGAAGGCAAAUUGGUACCCAAAAAGCAGGAUGGAGUGCUUGCUGUCCAGGCAACGGAACUCAAGUGCGGUGGUGUAGUGGUGUCUUGCACGUUUGAUCAUCGCAUAGCAGACGCUUAUUCAGCAAACAUGUUUCUUGUGUCGUGGGCAGAGUUGGCUAAAACCAGAGAGUUUUUAGUGGUGCCAUCUUUCAGGCGAUCUUUGUUGAACCCUAGACGUCCUGCCAGCAUUGACCCUUCCCUAAACAACAUGUAUGUACCCAUCUCCAAGCUAAAACCUCCAAAAGAGCCCCAGCCUCAGCUUGAUUUUGAUAAUCUAAUAAGCCGCAUAUAUUAUGUUAAAGCCGAUCAGCUUAAUCAACUACAAUCACUUGCAAACUGCAAUGGCAACAAGAGAACCAAACUCGAGUCUUUUAGCGCCUUUCUGUGGCAACUAGUUGCCAAAUCAGCUAAAAAAGUUGACGCGUCUAAAGUGGUGAAGAUAUGCAAGAUGGGCAUUGUGGUGGAUGGGAGGACAAGGUUGAAACUAAUGGAUGCGUACUUUGGAAAUGUUCUAUCUAUCCCCUAUGGAGGCAAGAGAAUUGAUGAUCUAACGGAAAAUCCUUUGAGUUGGAUAGCUAGUGAGGUCCAUGAUUUCCUGGAAAGCGCGGUGACAAAAGAGCAUUUCUUAGGACUGAUUGACUGGGUUGAGGCUCAUAGACCAGAGCAAGCGUUGGCUAAGAUAUACAGUAGUGGCAGUGAUGAUGGACCGGCUUUUGUGGUGUCUUCAGGGCAAAGAUUUCCAGUUUCAAAGAUUGACUUUGGGUGGGGGAUGCCUGCUUUUGGAUCAUAUCAUUUUCCGUGGGGCGGAAGUGCUGGUUAUGUUAUGCCGAUGCCAAGUCCAGCAUGGACUGGUGAUUGGAUAGUGUACAUGCACCUAUUGAAAGGACAAAUGGAGUUUAUAGAGACUGAGGCUGCCGAUUUUUUUAGGCCUCUUACUUGGAAUUACCUUGACCAUUCUUUCACCCGAUUCAAUAGUUAGCAUACAAAUUACUAUCAGUUUAUUUUAUAUAUACCACUGUAAUUAAGGAUUGAUCUUUAGAUAUUGUUGUGGACUAUUGUGUGUUUAGUUUGGAUUUAAUGUAUUAUGUUAUUUAAAACUAGUCGCAACGUUAAAGUCUUGAUUGAUGCUGAUUUAUCCAAUAUAAGCUUAAGUAUCUUUA